CAUUCUUUCUUGUCCUACGAAAGCACCUCCAACUCCCUCCCUUUUUUUCUUUCGCGCACACACACUCUCCCUAUGGUUCAGCCUUUCUUGUACUGUUUUCGUGUUCUCAUAGCAUUGUUAUGCUUUUUUCCCAUUUCUUAUUUUAAUAUUUAUGCACUCUUUUUAAAAACUUCCUCACAGUUAAAGCUGCAACGGAAUCACCCAUAUACAGAAAAGUGUGUGCGCAGGAUAAGAGCUUGCACUCUUCCCCGUUUCAAACAAAUAAACACACCGAGAGAGAGAGAGAGAGAGAGAGAGAGAGAGGCCUUUUCUCUUUGGUGUUGUUGAUUGGAGAGGGGAGGCAAUGGAGAGAAUCGGUGUCAUGAGUAUGUGGGGGUGUUCAUCGAAAGGUCGGUUUCUUUUGUAAGAUAAAAACAAGCACUCGAUUACUAUACAGAGAGAGGGCCACCCAUGCUUUGGUCCGCGUGCUUUGAUACAAACUGAUGGGUUUGUUUCUUUUCUUUCCAUUUCUCUUCCCUUAUUUGGUUGUGCCCCAAAGCCCCACCUCUUAAUUUGCAGACCCAUUUCGCAGUUUUUGUUCCUUGAUUUUUGGAUUCUUUGGGGGUGGGGGGCUCGGCUCUGCUUUUGUGCCCGAUUGGAUUGUUUGUUUUUCUCGGAGGAUCUUUAAUACUGAGACGAGGGUUGAUUGUAAUUUCCCAUCUUUCUGAAGGAAAAGUUAUGAAGGAGAGGUAAGCUGAAGAGCUAGGACUUAUUUUGGAUGAGAAAUGAGACUUUCCUUCUUGGGACUUAGGGGAAAGUUGGGGUUCUUGGUGUCUCAUUGAAGAUGUUUAUGGGGCACACAUGAUGGGUUGUGUUGAGGAGAAAGUCAAAGCUGGAGGGUUAAGUAGUGGGGCACGUACAAGUCUGCUCGAGGAGAUGAAGUUCUUGAAGGAAAUGCAGGAUCAGUCCGGGGCCAGGAAGGCUAUAAACUCCGAGUUAUGGCACGCCUGCGCCGGUCCCCUUGCUUCAUUGCCGCAGGUGGGGAGCCUGGUGUACUACUUCCCUCAAGGUCAUAGCGAGCAGGUAGCUGCUUCCACUAAACGGACAGUUACUUCACAAAUUCCCAAUUAUCCGAAUCUCCCUUCUCAGCUGAUGUGCCAAGUUCAAAAUGUCACAUUGCAUGCAGACAAAGAUACGGACGAAAUUUAUGCUCAAAUGAGUCUUCAACCUGUGACCUCUGAAAAAGAUGUAUUCCCUGUACCAGACUUUGGGCUGAAGCCCAGCAAACAUCCAAACGAGUUUUUCUGCAAAACGUUAACCGCAAGUGAUACAAGCACACAUGGUGGCUUCUCAGUACCGCGCAGAGCAGCAGAGAAGCUCUUUCCUCCGUUGGAUUAUACAAUGCAACCACCAACUCAAGAACUUGUUGUCCGCGAUUUGCAUGAUAACACCUGGACAUUUCGUCACAUAUACCGUGGACAACCGAAGCGACAUCUUCUCACAACUGGAUGGAGUUUGUUUGUUGGUGCUAAAAGGCUUAAAGCAGGUGAUGCUGUCCUUUUUAUCAGGGAUGAAAAGUCACAGCUACUGGUUGGCGUGAGGCGUGCCAACCGUCAGCAAACAACAUUACCGUCAUCUGUUCUAUCUGCUGAUAGCAUGCACAUUGGUGUCCUUGCUGCCGCAGCUCACGCCGCAGCUGACCGCUGCCCAUUCACAAUUUUCUACAACCCAAGGUUCACCGAAUCUGCAAUCUUUCACCUACUUGUGUUUUCUUUGUUCUUUUUGCCACACUCCUUUAUCUUGUAUCUGCUUCUUUACCCUAUCAUCGUUUUUCUUAUUUGUAGGGCAUGCCCUUCAGAAUUUAUCAUUCAUUUAGCUAGAUUCCGCAAAUCUGUCUAUGGGACGCAACUGUCAGUUGGCAUGAGGUUUGGGAUGAUGUUUGAAACAGAGGAGUCGGGUAAGCGGAGGUAUAUGGGUACAAUAGUCGGUAUUAGUGACUUCGAUCCCCUGAGGUGGCCUGGUUCCAAGUGGAGAAAUCUUCAGGUGGAGUGGGAUGAGCCAGGGUGUUGCGAUAAACAGAAUAGGGUCAGUCCAUGGGAAGUAGAGACUCCUGAAAGUAUUUUCAUUUUCCCUUCUUUGACUUCCGGUCUCAAACGACCAUUGCACUCCGGUUUUUUUGGAACAGAAACUGAAUGGGGACAUUUGGUUAAAAGGCCCCCUGUCCAGGUUCCUGAAAAUGGAAACGGGAAUCUGCCAUACUCAAUAUCUAAUAUAUGCUCAGAAAAACUGAUCAACAUGUUACUGAAACCUCAGAUUAUUAACCAUCCUGGAAACUUUUUAUCUACUCAACAAGAAUAUGCUACUAAGGUAGAGCCCUUACAAGAUGUGAAGACCAUGCUGGGCACGAUGAACCAAAAGUCUCAGUCCAUCUCAUCAGAAGGUACAUCCCCUGUUCCCCCUCAGUCAUGCCUUGACCAACAAGACGUCGUGAACUCAAAUUCAUCAUUGAAAGCAAUUGCAUCAGGAAAAUUGAACCCUCUACCGAAAUUUGAAAAUCAAACACUGGCUGGAGCUAAUACAGAGAAGCCAAAUUUUGAGCCUGAGAUUUCAGCAGAGGAGUUAAGCCAGGUGACAUCCACUGGCGAGUGCAAUGAGCAAAAGAUGGCUGCAGGACCUAUGAGUCUUCAAAACCCUGUAAACCAGCCAACAUUCUUUAACCAGAGCCAGGAAUCGAUACAAGCACAAACUAGUCUAUGGCCUAUGCAGCCGCAAUUGGAAUCAUUGAUCUACCAUACUGAACAACUUGACGUACCCCAAUCUGAUUCUUCUAAUCUCAAUGGCUUUCUUCCAUCCCCAGACCUUGAUGAAUGGAAAUUUUAUCCCUCAUGCCAACCUCUUAGUGGGAUGUUUAGAUCACCUGGACCUCUAUCUGUGUUUGGAUUGCAAGACCCUUCGACAUUGUUUCCUGAAGCAGUUAAUCCUCCUCUACCUUCAAUGGGACAGGAAAUUUGGGAUCAUCAACUUAAUAAUUUAAAUAGUUUAUCCCAAGCGGAGCAGCUCUCUUCUUUUUCACAACAAGACCCAUGUAACGUUAAUUGUACGUCUAAUUCAAUUGUUUUAAGAGAUAUGUCAGAUGAGAGCUACAACCAAAGUGGGAUUUACAGUUGCCCUAACAUUGAUGUAAAUAAUGGUCGAAGUGCUAUGGUAGAUCCUUCUGUUUCGAGCACCAUUGUGGAUGACCUAUGUAUGCUAAAGAGUACAGAUUUUCUGAAUCCUCCUGAUUAUUUGAUAGGCAACUUCAGUUCUGGUCAAGAUGUUCAAUCACAGAUUACCUCGGUGAGCCUAGGAGACUCUCAGGCUCUCUCUCGUAAGGACUUACCCGACAACUCAGGAGGUACGUCCUCGAGCAACAUAGAUUUUGAUGAGGGCAGUCUUCUUCAGAAUAACUCAUGGCAGCAAGUAGUUCUGCCUGUGCGAACCUAUACAAAGGUCCAGAAAAAAGGAUCUGUUGGGAGGUCUAUUGAUGUCACUGGUUUUAAAAACUACGAUGAACUGUGUGCUGCAAUUGAGUGCAUGUUUGGACUUGAGGGGCUGCUCAAUGACCCAAGAGGUUCAGGGUGGAAGCUAGUAUAUGUAGAUUACGAGAAUGAUGUUCUACUCGUAGGAGAUGAUCCUUGGGAGCAAUUUGUUCGAUGUGUCCGGUGCAUCAAAAUCUUAUCACCUUCAGAGGUUCAGAAGAUGAGUGAAGAGGGAAUGAAGCUUCUAAACAGUGCUGCAAUGCAAGGGGUCUAAGUGAGCAUGCUGGACAUUAACUUGACUGCAAUCAUCCUCGAGAUCACAUGAGUCUGAUUUGUGGGGAGAUCUCAGUUUCUGGCCAGGAACUGCAUGAGUUUAACUGGGUCUAGCACGCACCUCGAUCAGGCUAGUUGAUGUGGGUGAACGGUACUCUAUUACUUGCUUUUGCCUUUGUAAAGCUGCUAUGUGCUGUUUGACAUUUGAGUCGCAUUUGUUCGAACAUGAAAUUAGACGUGGAACCCUUAUUGGUGUAAUAGAGCUUAUGGUUGAUAGGGAAGAUUAAUAAUUAAGGACAACGCUAGGGGCCGCCCAGCAUGUCCCGCUCGGCAUGUCCCUAGUGUAUUUGAGAUUU